AUGGACGUCAGAAGUGGCCACGUAUUCGUGUUUGAAGAGCAUGAGUCCGGUAUCAAGCAAUGGACAGACGGCAUCCACUGGAGCCCAAGUCGAGUCUUGGAUUCAUUCAUAGUCUACCGGGAACUUGAUGACGAGGAGAAGGGGACAGGAAAGCGUGGACGGCUCAUCCCAUCAGAGGACCGAACACGCGACCACCAGGAGCCUGCCGAAAGCAAUUUGUACGGCUCUUUGGUCGACUCCUACCCUUUCAAACGCGACGGACUCAUGAAGAGGACGAUCAGCAUGAAGACAGGAGAACAAUGUUGGCGCCUGGUCUCAUACUACCGACCGGAGGAUGUGAGGCUGGGAAAUGUCCGGUCACCUUCCCAAGAUCCGGGUCUUCACUUCAUUCCACCAAUUCUCUGUGUCCGUCAGGCCCUCCAAUGUCAAGGCGAACGGAACUCUGCGAUGACCAGCCAUUCCACUCACCCGGUGUGGUAUGGGGCUGAAGCUGUUGUCGUGUUCCCUCACAGCAAUACCAAUGUCACGAUUGACAAGGACGGCUUUUCGCGGAAUCUGAACAAGCAGAUACCGUGGUACACCAGUUAA